AUGUUCGCCGUAUCAACCUUGCACAAACGUACUCCACGGCCCAUUCCAGAAGCGUCAACACGGACAUCACCGCCGACGCGAUCGAGUCUGUCAACAGAAGGAGGCUUUCUGGAGGCCUGGGCACAAGGCUACAACGUAGGAAGCUUAGUCAUUUUGAUCCUGAUAGUGUUCUGCAACUAUCGAUCUGGCAUAUGGCUGCAUAAACUCAUCUUGCUCGAGCUUGUUCUCGCCCUCUGGCACGGGACCUUCAUCUUUGUCGAGGAUCCUUGGUAUGGAUGGUACCUCUCCGCGACGGCAACCUUGCUGUUCAUCUCAUACUUCCUCCACAACGUUGUCGCUUGGCUCAAGAUUCGACCGUUCCUCCCCCAAUGGGGUUCGCGCUUUUUCAUCAUCACGCUGCUCUGCGUUCAACCUUUCUGGGUCGCCGAAGCCUGGUCUAACUUCUCCUACUUCAACGGACUUGGCUCGGACGCCAACGUCCGGAUGCGCCCUUGGGAAGCUCUAGUACGCGACCCUUGGUGGAUAUUUACAACUUGGAAAUUGAUCGAUGCGAUCAAGAAGACGUACGGAUUCAAGAUCUGGGCUUUGAUCCGAAUCAAUUCGAGAUUCGGCAUCAUGUUGUUGUGCAUGUUCCUCUCCAUAGCCUUUCUUCUCACAGACGCUGCCAUCUCCGCCGCUCGCGUGACAGCUAGCAGUGGGAUCAACCCAUACUGGCGCUUCGCUCUGGUCUUCAAAUGCGCUUCCGACACCAUCUUCCUCGACGACUUUAAGUCCGUGCUUGACAACAUCGUACAUCGCAAAUUUAGCUCCGCAAACGGCAACAUGCAUCGCGGAUCAAUCGUUGGCAUAAGCAGCAGCCACGACGUACGGAAACGCUCGCACUCGUCCCGUGGCGACGAAUUUAUUGAAUGCAUCUCGCUCGAGGCGCCGCCUAGUCUGCAAAAGGUCUCGACGCCAGAACCGAGUGCAGUCCAGUCACGCUUCAGAAACCCGUUUGCUACCGGCAAAAAAAGGAAUGUCAUCCCGGAAAUACACAUUGAGCAGGAGAUGAGUGUGGCAACAGAGAUGAGGCAUACGAGUCAGGACAGCUGGACGAGCGAGAGUCCUAUGAUACCAAAACCGGCACAUACUGUUUACGGCAACCACAGCCUGGUGGCUAGCGAGAGUGAUGGAAGCUUGUUGAUUGGGAGACUUGUGUGA